CCAGUGAAGAUAUUCUGAGUAGCUCAGUUUGUAGAAAAUUUUACGGGCUAUCUAAUGCUGUGUUUAGUUUGCCAUUUUAGUGUAAGGUAGUUGAGAAAAAUCUGUUGUACUCAUCAUAUGGUGGCUUUUUAACGGUGCUUAUUGAGAUGCUAUUGUUCAGGAAUUAACUGGGUUUUACCUGACAAAAGCAUCUGAUUUUACCGAAAGCGGAAUAGAGGAAAAAUUAUUGAAUAUAGAUGGAAAACUCUUCUUUAAAACUGGUGAUCUACUUAAGAUGAACAGUAAUAACGAGUUAAUUUAUAUUUCUCGUACAGAUUUUCAAGUGGAAUUACGAGGGCAACGUAUUGCAACUGCUGAAGUUGAAAAUUGUAUUCUAAAUUCCUAUCCAAGUGAGAUCAAAGAUUGUAUUGUAAUUAAAACUGUCGACGAUCGAACGCAAGAAGAAUGUCUUGUCGCCUAUUUACACCAGCUAAAGCAGCAGACAGCGUGUGCUCCUAGCAAUCAGUUGAAAAUCAAAGACUAUUGUCGGCGGUACCUUCCAGAGUAUAUGAUACCAUCAGUGUUUAUCAUUCUCGAUAAACUGCCUUUAACUGAAACGGGAAAAACGAAUAGAAGACCUCUUCCAAAAGUUGAUUUUUCAUCUGUUAGAACUUUGACGGUCGACAAUCACAACUAUGUUCAGACAGAAACAAAACUUGAAAUAGAAGUAUAUAAUCUCUGGUGUAAAGUAUUGAAUCAAACGAGAAUACCAAUGAAUGAAAAUUUUUUUAAUGUUGGUGGUAGUUCAUUAUUACUAAUGAGAUUGCAUGGCUAUUAUCAAAGAAAUUAUUUUACCGAAGGUAGUCAACUGCUUACCGUUGUACAACUGUUCGAACAUCCAACAAUAUCAGGACAUGUUCAACUUUUACAAAGCAUAUCUGAUGAAAGACGACAACAAAAGGAAGGUCAAUCAACACCGUGCAUUCCGUUGAAUCUCACGCACGCUUAUCUUAAUCAAAAAUUGGAUGAUCUUUCGCUACAAUAUUUAGAUUAUUCAAUAUAUGAAGUAAGUGUCGUCUCCUCUGAAGAAAUCGAAUUUUGGAAACGUCAGUUAAAUGGCUAUGAACAACAUUAUUUACCAUUACCUUAUGAUCGUGCAGAUCAGUUGUACGAGAUACGUUCAGGACGCGGGUCGUCGAUCAGUUUCACUCUUACUCAAGAUCUCUUUGAAAAUAUAAUGAAGCACAUCGAAUCAACAAAAACAACAUUGUUUCAUCUGUUUUUAACUGUCUACUACAUCUAUCUAUUCAAAAUGACACAAGAAAAAGUUUUCUGUGUAGCAAAAAAUACUGGAGUGUAUUUGCAAGAAGUUGCCCUUAAUCAAAUAGGUGAAUUUUACAUUGGCGGUUGUUGUGUAUUUUGUGGUUAUCCGAAUCAACCGGAGUUAACUGCAGAAGUAUUAGCAGAACUGUCACCUCAUCGUUCCCUCGGGAGUAGGCAUGCAUCAGUUUUUAACUGGUGUUGGGGCAUCCGAGAGAAUUGCUAUACAUCACCUAUCAUGAUCCUCUCCGAGCAGUGAAACAUCUCAUUUUGUAGAAAAAUGUUUGCUCUACAAAAUGCGUGUUAAAAGAGUUCCAGAAUCAAUUCUAAGA